CCAUUGUUGUAUAAACCGGAUGUCAAACGACCUCUUUCGUAAACACAGUUUUGGUGAACCUGGACUGCUGAAACGCAGAGUGUGAUUUGAGAGAAAAAUGCUUCGAACUUCAGCAUUGUUAACUUCUCUUGGUAGAAGAUCAGUUCUAGGGAACCUGAGAUGUGCAAGCUCGGCAACAGCCCAGAAAAAGACUGAUGAUGCCAAGCCAACAACAGCCAAGACUCAGGAGUCCAAGUCUUUUGCCAUGAACAUCUUCAGAGGAAUUGUUAAAACAGAUCAGGUGUUUCCUUUCCCAGAAGUAUUAAAUGAUGAACAAAAGGACACCCUCAAGAUGCUUGUAGAUCCAACAGCCAAGUUCUUCGAGGAAAUAAAUGACCCCCUGAAGAAUGACAGCCUGGAGAAAGUAGAGGACCAUGUCAUGGAGGGACUAAAGGAGUUAGGGGCCUUUGGUCUCCAGGUUCCGGUUGAUAAUGGUGGUCUUGGAUUAACCAACACUCAGUAUGCUCGUCUGGUAGAAAUAGUGGGAUCACAUGACCUUGGGGUCGGCAUUACCUUAGGAGCCCACCAGUCCAUUGGGUUUAAAGGAAUCCUGCUGUUUGGAACAAAAGAACAGAAGGACAAAUACCUGCCUGACUUGGCUUGUGGUAAAAACAUUGCAGCGUUCUGUCUGACCGAGCCCAGCAGUGGAUCUGAUGCCAGCUCUAUCAAAACCAAAGCAGUUCUGUCCCCUGAUGGCAAGCAUUAUAUCCUCAAUGGUAGCAAGAUCUGGAUCAGUAAUGGAGGACUGGCAGAAAUCUUCACCGUGUUCGCCAAGACACCUGUCAAAGACGAGAAAACUGGUGAAACUAAGGAAAAAGUAUCAGCCUUUAUUGUUGAGAGGUCGUUUGGAGGUGUUUCCAAUGGUCCACCAGAAAAGAAGAUGGGGAUUAAAGCCUCCAAUACAGCAGAAGUAUAUUUUGAAGAUUGCAAGGUUCCUGUUGAAAAUCUUCUUGGAGGAGUUGGAGGAGGAUUUAAGGUGGCUAUGAACAUUCUGAACAAUGGAAGAUUUGGCAUGGCCGCUGCUUUGUCAGGAACCAUGUCAUACUGUAUCAAAAAAGCAAUUGACCACGCCUCCCAGAGAAAGCAGUUUGGGGACCUGAUCAGUAACUACGGCGCCAUCCAGGAGAAGAUCGGCCGCAUGGUCAUGAUGCAGUAUGUGACCGAGUCCAUGGCCUACAUGCUGUCCGCUAACAUGGACCAGGGCUCCACAGAGUUCCAGAUAGAGGCAGCCAUUAGCAAAAUCUACGGCUCUGAAGCGGCUUGGUUUUGUGCUGAUGAAGCAAUCCAGAUUCUGGGUGGGAUGGGAUACAUGAAGGAUACUAGUCUGGAGCGAGUGAUGAGAGAUUUAAGAAUUUUCAGAAUUUUUGAAGGAACCAAUGAUAUUCUGAGACUCUUUAUUGCCCUUACUGGAAGUCAGUAUGCAGGAAACUACCUCAAAGAGCUGAAGAAGGCCAUGUCAAACCCCCUGGGUAACAUUGGAAUGUUCCUGGAAUAUGGCAGCAAGAAAGUAUUGAAGUCAAAAGCAGAUGACAAUGGUGCUAAAGCUCAUAUUCACCCCUCGCUUAUGAACUCUGCAGAACAGACCUUUGCUGCUAUUGGUGACUUUGGUUCAGUAGUGGAACAACUUCUCAUGACCCAUGGCAAAAAAAUCACCAAUGAACAAUUUCUCCUGAAGAGAGUGGCCGAUUCAGCCAUUGAUAUUUAUGGCAUGGUGUCCGUUCUGUCCAGGGCUUCAAGGUCACUCAAGGAAGGUCAUAGCUCAGCAGACCACGAAGCCACCAUUACCAAAGUCUUCUGUAAUGAGGCCAAAGACAGAAUCGAUGCCAAUCUCCUGGCGUGUCAUGCUACGAAGGGAGAAAAAGAAAACUUCUCAGGGCUGGAGAAAAUCUCCAAAGAUGUUGUCGCUAAUGGAGGUCUCCUUCAGAGGCAUCCACUGGGAUUCUAAGGGAGGGCAUUGUGUUUAAAUAUGGAGGACAAGUGGAACGAAUCAGUCAAAAAAGUUAUUACACUGUACUUCAACAAAAAACAAAGAAACGUUCUUGCUGUGAUGAUAAAUCAUUUUUGUUUUCAUUUGUUUAUAUUAUUUGUAUGUGAUAGUAAAACCAAGAAGUAAGAAAAAUAUACAUACCAAAAUUUUGUACAAAGUUUUUAUGUUCUACAUGUAUUACUCUCAAAAGCAUGAACACUCAAUUAAUUCCAGUGGGUUUUUUUUAGGGGUUACAAGUACCUGGGUAAUUGUCCAAUUUUCUGAUGUUCUGUAACAAUGUUCACUGUACAGCACCCAUUUUACAUCAUCCUUGAAUUCAUGAGAGAAGUUGUGAUUGAUACAUGUACAUAUUACCUCAGAUAUUAAUUUUCGUUUUCUUUUAAUCAUGUUUAAUUGACUAAAUGGCAUGUCUGAGGUUUUAUAUUCCUUGGCUUGUUGGAACAUAUGUACAAAUGGAUCAUAAAGUUCAUCUGUGAUAAGAAUUAUAUCAUUUGCUGGAGACAAAUGAGAUUUCUUGUUCUUUCUUAGUUUCAGUGUACAUAGGAACCUAUAUAUAUUAAUUUUAUUAUGGGGUUUUUUUUUUUAAAUAAAAUGAUUUUGAUGGUAAAUUUUUUCCAGGUACAUUGGUAUAGUGGAUAUGUACAUAGUUAGCAAUUGUCAAUUGAAAAUAUAAACACCAGAUUAAUAUUUCAUCAUUGUAGCCCAUUAUCAUCAAAAGAACCAGUCAAAAAGAAAAUUGAUUAAUAUUUGGGUUUUUUAUCUUAUAUGUAGCUGAAACACGUUGCUUGCCAUUCUAGGUGUAUUUAUAAAUUCAUCUUACAUGUAUGUUGGAAAAACAUUGGAAAAUGUUUAAUCUUGGUUUUAUUUAAUAGUUUAUGAAUGAAUCUCCUGUAUAAGACCUGUGUGUGCAAGUCCUUUUGUCAACAGACUCUGUUCAGUAUAUGCAAUGCCCAGCAAUGCAAAUUGUAAUAUAGAGCACCUAACUGUGUAACUGUUCUUAUUUUUUGUGGUACAACUUUUCCAAUGAUUCACCAACAAAUCAUUUUUUGUAUUUUGUUUUUCAAUAUGUGUACACUAUCUCUGAAUGCAAGUCGCUAAUUACAAGAAAUUCCUCACAAGGUUAUUUGGGAGGUUAUGUUCCUAGCCGUUCUGUUGAUGUGUACACACAAAUUCAAGCUGACUUGUGAAUAAAUUUUUUACUAGCAUAA